AUGACAGACUCGCUAAAAGACAUUAUAUCAGGUGAGGAUAUUGGUGAUCUCUAUGAACUACUAGGACUCGAAAAUUCCGCCACACAAAAUGACAUCAAGAAGGCAUAUUACCGUCUCGCGUUGAAACACCAUCCUGACAAACACGCAAAUGCGACACAGGAACAGCAGAAAGAAGAGUCUCGUAAAUUUCAGGCACUAAGUUUUGCGUACCAUGUUUUGAGUACACCCGCGAAACGAGAAAAGUAUGAUAGAACGGGUGAGACUUCUGAUGAUUUGUUUGAGGAUGGUGUGAAAUAUGGAUGGGAUGCUUAUUUUAAAGAUUUAUGGAACGAUAUUGUUAAUGCCGAGUCGAUUGAGGCAUUUCGUGAUAAAUAUCAGAAUUCAGCAGAAGAACGUAAAGAUCUUUUAGAUUCCUAUGAAAAACAUGAGGGUGAUAUGGAUCGAAUUAUGGCCGACAUUCCAUGUUCAACAGCCGAUGACGAAGCACGUUUCUGCAAAAUAAUCAAAGAAGCAAUUGCCGCGGACCAAAUACGCUCAUACAAAAAGUUUACAACUACUUCAUCGAAGGCUGCUACAGCACGUCGUCAAAAAGAUGCAGAACGUGAAGCUAAAGAAGCAGAAGAGAUCGCUCGAAAACUUGGAUUGAAGGACAAAAAUAAAAAGUAUGAAGGCGAUUGGGUGGUGGAUGAUGAUUGUGGUGAGGAAGUUACAAAUGAUUAUAAGGAACCGACGGAAGAGGAAUUUCUUGCUAUACGAGAACGAAUAACGGCUGGAAAGAAAAAGGAUCCAAAGCGUGAAUCAUUUAAAUAUCAUUAUAUUUGA